AUAUAUAACAUUGUAGAAUUAAAUAAGUGUUUUAGUUUCAAUAACGUUGCCAAUUGAGUUUUAUUAUUUUAAAAAUGUGCAAGAAAUCAUUAACUUUUUUGUUAUAUGUACUUGGACUCAUUAGCCAAGUUUCAUUAAUGUCUUAUGACAAAAAAAGUGCAGAUUUCAAAAUGUAUACCAUAAAUGUUUUAAAUCAUAUUCGAGUUAAAACGGGGUGGUAUUCAAUGUCAAAAUUACAAUUUACUCAAGGUACUUUUAAAUUUGAUGUAAAUAAUGUUAUAAAUGAAGUUAUUGAUGAGAGAAACUAUAUUGCUAAACUUAAUUAUAUAAUACAUUUAAUAAACUGCGAAUACUCUAAUAUAUUGCAAACAUUUGAUGUCAUGUUAAGUUUUAUUAUAAAUAAGUGUCAAUCGGAAAAAGACAAAAACCACCAAAUCCAAUUCCAAUACUGCACAAUGCGAUUAGUUGAUGUUAUAAAAAAUUCUUCAAUCAUGUUUAUGAAACUUUUGGGCGCUACUACAUUCCUAAGUCAAUUAGAUUUGCGAAUUAUUGACGAAUUUUUAAUAAAUCCAAGAGUGAUCGACAAUGAAAUUGAAUUAUUUUACAUGUAUACAGAUGAUAAAAUGAAUCGACCGGAAUUUGUUAACGAAAAUGACAUUAUUGAUGUUUUUGAAGAUAUAAAAAAAUUUCAUAAAAAUAUAGUCGAGCCAACAAUACAAAAACUUUUCGAAUUUAACAAGGUGUGUGGUUCUAGAUAUAGAAAUGUUAUUCCAAUGGUUUUGAUGUCAGAGUAUGACGAGAAAAAUAUAAAUGAAAUCAUAAAUGAUCCAGACGAUUAUAUAAAUUUAAUUUGUAAUGAUCUCAAUAAUUUUUAUAGUCGAAUAGUUGACAAUUAUUACAGGGACCUUGGUUUUGGAGAUUUAGUAGGAACUAAUAAUUUCAGAUAUGAACUUCGUGAUCAUUCAUAUAAUAUGGAGAGAGGCAUUGAACUUUUCAAUAAACUUCUUCAGUAUCCUGGUUGGCAAUCAUAUCAACAUGUAACUACAAAUAUCAAUGGAUUGAAUGUUAGCGUUAAGGAUUUAAUAUGUUUUUUAAAUAUUUCAAAUUAUUCUUAUGUGCGAUCAAGUAUAAUACAAACAUUAAGAUGCAGGUAUAUCGAAAUAGGACUAACAUUUAAUGCUAUUUUGGGAGCUAUAAUAAGUGUUUGCGAUAAAGAAUACGAAAACGAGUUUGCAGCUAAAUUAUAUACAAUUUUAGAAAAAGUCAACCUUACAUUAAAAAAUAUGCUAUUUGCUUUGGUUACAUUGAGACAAACAUUGAGAAGCAUAGUAAAAAGAAAAAGACAUACAACAAGUGAAUUGCUUAUAGAAUCUAUUAUACAGUUAAUUUGCAAAUUAAGAAGUAAAUAUUAUCCAGAUAUGUUUUAUUCAAGUCAUAGUUCUAUUUUAUCAAAAUCGUUUUUCAGUGAUAUUACACAAGAACGUAAAGAAAAUAUAAAUGAUAAAAUAAAAUUAGCCACAAAGUAUCAUUUGAGGUAUUGCAAAACGCCAUUAAAAGUUAUAAAUGAACUUGCAAUUAAGUUAAAAUUUCAUAAUCAAAUUCAAAUUAAUAAUGAACUUGAUAACAGAAAUUUUUUUGAAUCUUUAUGUGGUUUUCUGUAUACUUUUUGUAAUGAAGUUCAAACUAACGAUUAUGAAAAACUUGGAUUUGAUAGUUUAUCGCGCAGAUUUUAAAUAGUGCAUAUAUACUGAAUAUUAUAAUUAAUUAUAUUUAUUUGAUUAAUUCGUGUGCUUUUUUUAAAAUUUAAUAUGAAGACAUUUCAUACAAAUAAAAAAACAAAUUUUAGAUAUUUAAUAUUUGAUUACAUUUAUACAUUAGAAUUGUAGUAACAUUUUAAGAGAUUUUACAUAAAAGUUUCAAUAUUUUUAUUGGUUACACUUCAUAAAACAGUUAAUAUUAGUAUAGUCCCAAAUAUGUAAACAUUUUGAAAAUUGUAUAGGUAUAUUAUAACUUUAAUUUACUAAAAUCAAUUUCACGAUUAAAAUAUACACGCUUUAAUUGGUUUAAGUUAUAAUUACAAUGGUAUUAGAGCUGAUAGUCUAUGUAAUAUUUUGUAUAGUAUUAGUGUUUUAGUAAUAUGUAUAAUAUGUUAACUAUUAAAUGGUCAAAAUUAUUUUAUUCAAUUCAAAUGAGACAUAAUAACUAAAAAUAUAUCUCAAUUAUUAUAUGAAAACAGUAACACACAUUUUAAAUAUUUUCAAAACAGAACCCUUAAAAUCGACUGUUUAGC